AUGUCUACAAAUCAUUCACUACCGCGAUUGCAACGGCAACUUCCUCUUCUCCUCGUCUUCUUCUUCAUCGUCCUGUUGAAUGCGCCCACUACGCAAACAGCUGCCACGGAGAGGGCCUGGCCAGAUGGCCUAGAAGAAGGAACACUCCAAAUAGGAGACGAGGAUAGCGUGGAAUAUGAACUCGAGGAGGAGGAGGAGGUGGAGGAGAAGGAGGAGGAAGAAGAAGAAGCAGUGGAGGAGCCAGGACGUGCAACGAAUCCACUCACGGCAGCCGGCUGGCGGGGGCGAAUUCGUGAACGUGUCAGAGGAGCCAUACGAGGACGCCUAUCCAAAGUUAUACGUCGUCGUCCUCGGUCCUUGUAA